UUCUCUUUCUUCCACAUGCUUUGUCACUCUUUUUUCCCUCAAGCCAAAAACACAAACUUUCUCUCUUCCUUCUCACUUCUCAUUAUAUCAUCUUAAAUAAAUAACAACACAUCUCAAAUCUUAUUUCUUUUCAUUUCUUCAGCAUUGGAUUCUCAGGGUUCAUUCUCCUUUAUUUUCAGAUUUUGAUGCUUGAGUUCUGUGGUUCUCAAAGCAUCCAUUUGUUGACGUGAUGGGGAAAGGAAGAAGUCCUGGGAAGUGGAUCAAGAGCUUACUCUCGGGGAAGAAAUCGUCAUCAAAGACUAGUUCAUCGAAGAAGAAUGAUAUUUUUAAAUCUUCAAGUAACAAAGAUGCGCUGGGGUCUUCUGAGUUAACUGUGUCUAAUCCAAUUCCAACUGUGGAUUCUUUGCUGAUAUCACCACCGAUAUCUGGCUCUAAUGCUACUAAAGAAGUGCUUUUAGAAAAGGAAGUUGUUAGUAGCUUACCACAUGAGAGGGAUAUUCUCUCCAAUAGAAAUGAAGAGGCUCGUGCACCCGAAGUUGCUAAUUUUGCAUCUAAAGAUGAGCUUGAGACACUCAAGCUUACAGAAGCAGCUAUUAAACUUCAAGCUGCUUGUAGAGGCUAUCAGGCUCGUCGGGAAUUUCAAACACUCAAAGGUAUCACACUGCUGCAAGCUCUUAUUCGUGGUCACUUGAUUAGAAGACAAGCUGUUUCUGCUUUACAUUGUGUGAAGGGAAUUGUUAAAUUCCAAGCAUUGGCUCGUGGUUACAAUGUUAGGCGUUCUGAUGUUGGGGUUUCUGUCCUGAAUAUUCGUAAGGAUUCUCAAUUUUCAAAACCUAUUGGCGUAGUUACAUCUACACAGGCAGAGAAGCUGUCAGGAAAUGUCUUUGUUCACAAGCUGCUGGUUUCAUCCUCCCAUGCUUUUCCUCUAACUCUCAAUAGUGAUCUUGGAGAACCUUACUUGGCUUGGAACUGGCUUGAUCGUUGGACAAGGUUACGCUUUUGGGCACCUCUUUCUAAAUCGGAGAAGAAACUUGACUCGGUGUCUGAUGAAAAAAAUAUCAGUUGUCAAACAGUUGAAAAGGGACAAGUUAAAAGGAAUAUCCGGAAAUCUCCUGCUGUGAAGCCUGAUGAUGGCUCAAGUUCAGGUUCUAACAAACAUAAACAACGUCCAAAAAAAGAUUCAAAUAACUCAUUGCUUUCAACACAGGAACAUCCACAGAAAGAAAUUGAGAAAAGUAGUCUAAAAAAAACUCGCAUGCAGAAUGUUUCAGACAGAUCUGAGAUUGUUAAUGAGAAAAGAAAACACAGCUCUAAGACAACUUCAGAUCAUACUGUUACCGAUGUUUCAGAGAAGGGGCCAAAUUCCUCUUCAGAGAAAAAAAUGAAAGAUAUUACAGUGCCAAAGUCAGAAGAGUCGUAUCCUGAGAAAGAUCUUGAAAAGAAAGCACAAGAAGAGAAUAACGAUAAGCCACGUAAUGAUUCUACUGCUGUUCUACAGACUAGAGUGAAGAAUGUAGGAGAUGAAACAUUAGGAGUUAGUGAAGAGUUAAACGGCGGUGACAAAAUUAUCAGCAACAAUUACCAAAGAAGAGCUUCACUACCUGCUAAUUUUAAUGAUCAAGAGAAUGAGUUACAUAAUACUCCAAGAGUGCCGAGUUAUAUGGCUCCUACUGAAUCUGCAAAAGCUAGGCUAAGGGGACAAGGCUCCCCUAGAUUUGCUACUGAUAUCGUAGACAAAAACAGUUUAACCAGGAGGCAUUCACUUUCAUCUUCACUUAACAGCAGGUCGGGUUCAUUUUCCCCAAGAGCAGAAAAGCUGAUUACUUUGAGCAGUAGAGGAGUUGCAAGGACUGAUAAAUCUCUGUCAUCGUCAAGGGAUGGAACUGAUAAGCUGGUCCAACCUCAGUGGCGAAGGUGAAUUUAUGUAAUCUUCCAGAACAAAGAUACUUGAAGGAGGUAAAAACUAAUAGAGUUAGAGAUUGAUGAAUUACAUUACAGCCUUUUUCUUUAAUCAUCAUUGUCAUUAUUAUCUGUUGUCAUAGAUACCGAAGAGGGAUAUUAUAUAUUGUGAUCAGAGUUUGAUAUGAACUUUGUUUUAGUAGGAAAUAUUUUGCUGGGUAUAUAUCGACAGAUCUAAGCUUAGUUACCGGUUCUUCUCUUUUUCUAGCUUUUGUGAUGUAUUAUUUAAACCAUUGUUUCAAAGAGUCAUAUUUUUCUAAAUUUUGAGAAUGCUUUCCAGAUCAUAUUUUUAUGCUGUAA